UUUAAAUUAUUAAAUUUUAAUGAGAAUUUUGUAUUUACAACUUUGACAUAUGCCCUACGCAUGGUGAUGAUGCACCACAUACAGUUCAAUCUUCUUAUUUUGUGUUUCCUCCUCAAUGCAAGAUCAAACUUUUACAGUGGAAUAUAUGUGUUUUUAAGGAUUGGAUGAAAAUUAAUCCUGCUUCCUUGUACAAACAAAUUCUCCAGGUGUUGUGGUUGUUUUGAACUAAUUUCUAAGAGAUGAGGCCUGAAUUCUUUUUUUAAUGCAGAACUUGAAUAUUUCUUCACAGCAUAGGCUAGAUACUAAAACAAAUCCUGCUUUGGAUUGUUUGCCUGUCAUACAUGAAUGCUGGCCUCCUAUCUCGAAAAUGUCGUGUCUUGGUGACAAGUGCAACACAGAACUUUCAAGUAAAACAGUCAUCAGGAAAAUUGCAAUAUGUUUCUGUCUUGCCUGGGAGCCUGGUAGUGCAUGGGUCACCAACAAAGCAGAUUAUAUGCUGGUGACUGCCAGAUUAAUCUGAGCAUCUUUGCCUACUGACUUGCAUGAUAUUAUUGUAGUUUUUUUAUACUUCCAUUUUACUGAAACUUUGCUGUAGUGACAGGCCAUGCCUGAGCUUUUGUGCAACAGUUGGCGAGAGCUUUGGCCCCAGGGCCUUGAUUUUUAGAAUGGGGGGAAAGGUCCUAAAGAGGGCAAAACUGUUUGAGCAAACUGAUCCUCACAAAGUGCUGACAGUAGUGUCUAGCAGGAGGGCGAAUGAAAUGGAUAGAAAAAUAGCGUGAACGUUUCUAACAUCAGAAAUCUUGGGAGGCUCCUUUGAAAACUAACUUCUGUCGGGAGAAUGGCAUCAUCUUUGCCACAAUCUUGUGCGUUGCUGCUGGCUUUGGCAGGAUUCACCAUGGUACUUGUCACGACCAUGUCCAACAGAUGGACAGUUUCCAGCACCGCAGCCGUGUUAGUUCCUGCAGACUGGGUUUCGGAAGGUCUCUGGAUGGAGUGCACAGUUGCUGCUUUGGGAACAGUACAGUGCAAGAAUUUUUUCUACAUGUUGAGUUCAGACAUUCAUGUUCAGGCAUGCCGUGCCCUGAUGAUUAUUUCCAUCCUUUUGGGAUUCAUAGCUACGGUGCUCUCGCUGCUUGGUUUAAAGUGCACACGUAUUGGAUUGAAUAAUGAAGAUGGAAAAGUGAAGUUUGCUGUCACAGGAGGAUUUAUCUAUAUUUUAGGAGGUCUCUGUUCCCUGGUGGCUGUUUCUUGGUAUGCUGCGACGGUUACGGCUCAGUUCUUUGACCCAUUGCAUACUGGAACCAAGUAUGAACUAGGAGAUGCUUUGUACUUAGGCUGGGCCGGAGCUAUUCUUUAUAUGCUUGGUGGGAUCUUCCUGACCUGUUCGUGCAAAAGGAAUACAAGUGGGAAAUACAGUGGCAGCAAAUAUGGCUAUUCUGUAGGCCAGGCCGUUCCUCAGCAGCACAUUUACACCAAAAACUCUGAGGCAAUCACAAGCACGAAGGAGUAUGUCUAAACUCACACUUUUUUUUACAUUCCUUGCAAUGUUAGUAGUUUAUGAACUCAAAAAAAGUGACCUAGUUCCAAGGCGCAAGCUUUCAUCUUAAUUUGGAGAUGAUACACAUUUUAAUACCUCCUUCUGGGAAUGGUUUUAAAAUGGAAAUAGGCUUCUACAGAAAAUGAUGUGACGUGAAAGCCUGUGGCAUGAAGAUUUUUCUGCACGCUAAGAAGCCUGGUGUAAAAUUCAGCCACAGUGUCUGAUAUAUCGUGACAAAUCAAGAGCAAUGGUUUUAUAUUUUGGCUAACUCAAAAGUGUGGAACAGAUAUGCUGUAGCUGACUGCAGGUUAAUAUGGCUCACUGUUAGGAAUGUAUUGUAUUUUCAUUAAUGGUUCACUUUCUAUUUUUGUUUAGAUGCUUUAGCUUUUGAUGGUAAAUAAGCCUUAUUCCACUGAUUCACUGAAAUAUAGGAUUUUUUAGUGAGCAGUAUCAUGGCCAUUAAUAAAGAUAUAGUAAAUAUACUCUGCUUGAAGGCUCACAUUAUACUGAAAUUCACGUUAUGUAUGCUAGUCAGGAUGAUUUAUAAAAACUUUAAAAAAAAAAAAUCCCUGCAAAACAACCACUCACCUCUAAACCUGCGGAACUGCAGCAAAUUCCUUGUUGGAUGAAAUGACGAUGCCAAAGAUGAAUGAUAUAGAAGGACCCAAACACAGGUGGGAGUGGAGAAACCAUCUGAUGAGCGUGGGCCUUCAGAUAACUAAGAAGAUAUUCCCAAUUUUAGAUUUUUAUUUCUGUUUUUUGAGAUUUUAAAAUGAUUCUAUUUUUAACUUUGAUCAGUCUUUAACUUUAGAAACUUCUGUUGCACGUGAAUCAUUUAAUUCAAGUAAAUGCGCAGGGGCUUUAGUCUCCAUCCUUGUUCAGUCAUUACAAUUUCUUUCUUAAACCGCCCUGCUGCUGGGGACAGGUAUUUUGCAUGAGGCAAGCACUUAGACACCGGAGGUGAGCUGACUUUCCUUAAUACCGACUCUGAGCAAUGUGGGAUGGAAUUUCACGCUGUACACACACGGCUUUCAUAACUUGUCACUUUUAAAUCGCAAAUGUAUUAAAACAGUUCAACAAAACACAUCUGUACUUCUGUCUAAUCGUAAUGUCUUAUGGCAAAAAUGUAAAUGCAGGCUGAUUUAGAACAGUUAUGCAUCUUCCCUGAUGCCCUAAUAGAUAAGUUCAACAGGGCAACUUGACCUAGCAGAAACCCUUUAGCCAUGCUGCGUGCAUACAAAUGCAGCUGACUUGUAUACAGCCACAUUAAGGCAUAAAUUUGGGCAUUGAUAGGUCUUAUUAAGCUGAAGAAGUAAUGCUAAAAGGAAUGAAGAUUGCUUUUAGCUUGCCAGUGUUGUCCCCCCAUCCCCUGCCCCUGCAGCCCCAGUCACAACUCUUUUUAAAAAUCAUCCGUUUGGUAUUUAGGAGGAUACUUUUAAAAGCAGAAAAGGUAUUUAAGUUGCAUGGUGGGAGCUGAACUCCUUACCACCAUCUGCAUAUGCUGGCCUCUUUUUUUUUUUUUUUUUUUCUUUUUUAUAAUAUAUAAUCUUGUGAUUUUGGUAUAGUUGAAAGUAAGGAAAACUCAGCAAUCAGGCUGCACCCAUUCAUGAACAUUAAUUAUGAGCCAGUAAGUGAGAGAGAAAUUCAGACCUUGGUCUUGCAUCGGCUCUUCCACUUAUAUCACUGUGAAGCUUAAUUAAAAAACAAGAGUAGAAUAAAACUGCUAUGUAGUAACAUA